AUGAACCCUUCUUCCCCCUCGGGGGACUCUUCUCAAAGCUCCCCCGCCAUCCCACCUCGCACAAGCCUUAGCUAUCGUCCCGGUUCUGACCGCCAAGUGCAAUCACCAGAGUCCACAUCACCAGGCAUGACAGAUGGCCCAAUCCCAGAUGAUAAUCAUGGUGCAGAUCUACCGAUGAAUAUGACAGCAUCCAUCAUGCUCACGGGUUUACCCCGCGAUGCCCAUCAGGCACUUGCCGACGUAGAAGCGAUUGAUGCUGGCAAAGGUACACCCCAUCCCGCCGACGCCCAAACUCGGAUUCAGGGUCUUUGGACCCAGAUGCAGGACUUUACUGUUCGCUUUCAACCUCUGCCUUCGGCCCCGAUUCUCAAAACUCGGGUUUUCAAGGUUAGCGCUUCACAAAAGUUUGAAACCGUUGUCAAGUUUCUUCGCAAAAAGCUAGAUUGCAAAGAUACGGACUCCGUCUUUUGCUAUGUUAAUAGUGUCUUUGCUCCGGGCCUCGAUGAAGGCGUCGGUGGGUUAUGGAGGUGUUUCAAAACAGACGAUCAAUUGAUUGUCGCCUACUCUAUGACGCCGGCAUUUGGCUAG